AUGCUCCUCUCAUGUCUCUAUGACCUUUUGCCGUCUGUCUUGAAAUCAAGCAAGACCGAGUACGAACCGCCCUGUACUUCAUCUCUACCCUCCCCUCGUAUUCCACACCUUCCUCUCGAAGUCGUCAUUCAUAUCCUCGAAGAAACAUAUCACAGCGAGCCCAAUCCUACCCAGCUCCUUCUAAACUGCUCCCUUGUCUGCCGCGAUUGGUCCUUUUUAGCGCAACCGUUGCUUUUCCGCAAUGUUACCCUCGCUUCGCAAACGGCUUACGACAGUUUUCUCGGGGCGGCAAAUCGCACGACACCGCGUGGUAGCAUGCUCUCGGACGCCGUCAUUCGAAUGAAGGUCGUAUUAGAUGCCAACCAGCCGUUUGGUCUGUCGCAAGCGUGUUUCACCACCGCCGUCAACGCAUGUCCCAAUUUGUGCGAGUUGGAAGUUGCCAUCUAUGGCCAUUCGGACCAGACACGGCAGCAGCUAGCACCCCCAUUCUUCGACGAUACGACGCUCGAUGCUCUCCGAACCGGUCCCCGCAUUAAAUCACUCCAUUUCAACAACUCUGCCGAUGAUGAGGCUGCCAUUUUCCCGCUCCUCGAUGUCUGGCCUUGUCUCAAGUCACUCGCAAUCAGUGGCACACCACCCAAACUCCCCUCUACCACGUUGCACGCGUCCUUCCCGACUGCCAUCGAAGAAUUGCGUAUCAACUGCCAGAGUGCGGUGUCGAUUGAUUUCAUGAAAUGGUUGCUGCACAACUCGGUUCACAGCUUGCACACCCUUGAGCUCGAACGCGAGCAGCCGAUGAUCGUGGUUGAUUAUGUGGUCGAGACACAUGGGGCCAAACUACGCUCGUUGGCAAUUCCCGCUUGUACUACCCACGACAUGGCGACGGCUGUAAAGAAAUGUGUGGGGCUUGACGAGCUCCGCAUUGAGCAUCCUUGGGUCACUCCGGUCCUGUUCAAGCCUCUUCCCGAAAAGUUGACAAGGCUCGCGAUUGCGCUUGACCAGGACAGUGCCGUUCAGCCAUGGCUAGACUUCGUCCGGAAAUCGGAGACCCUCAAGGAACUCACGGUCCAGGUUUGGGGCAGCAACGAACAGCAUAUGCAGCUCCCUGCUCUUGCUAUGGCAUGUGCGUUUCGCGGAGUUGUCUUGGAGAUGACCCAGGACAUCAAGAUUUUCCGCUCUGUUGUUCGCCGGGAUCCCACCACUCCAUCACCAUUCACACGAAAAGCGCCCAUAGAAGAAUGA